UAUGCUAAGGGUAGCCUAAGCCGAAGAGUAUUCUACUCUUUAAGAAUUAUUUGCGUCAGCAACUGUUAGUUCUUUUCUUUAAAUCUACACCUAAGAUUUUAUCAUUCAUACGUUUCGGCUAAUCAAAGGUGGAUAUCUUGACAAGUUAUUAUGACAUUAAAAAAGUGCAUAUUCACAUGUCAUUAUAAAAGAAAUAAGAUUGAUUAUUGAAAGCCGUUUUGAUUUGUAUUCAAGAGAAAAUCACUUUUUUUUGGCGUAGUAUUGGCGUGCGUGUCAAAUCUCGCCAACUAUUUCCGGAAUAGAAUUAAGCCGCAAAAUAAAACGUGACGUUUACUAUCGGAACUAUUCUCGAGGCGUAUUGUAUAUGUUUUUCACCUUUAAAGAACAAGGAGUAUUGAUAACCCACGUAAAGAAUAAUAUCACAGGUUGCAUAUUUGGUGGUUAUAUCGAGCUAUACUGCGUCGUAAGAGAUAUUAAUAUUCUGGCUAAAGAAUUGUCAUAGGCAAUCGAUUAGAAGGGUUUCAUUCUCCGCGGAGAAGAUGGGCCUGACAAUAAGCAGCUUGUUUAUCCGAUUAUUCGGUAAAAAACAAAUGAGAAUACUAAUGGUAGGCUUGGAUGCAGCUGGCAAAACAACUAUUUUAUAUAAACUUAAGCUUGGUGAAAUAGUUACAACUAUACCAACAAUUGGUUUUAACGUCGAAACUGUAGAAUACAGAAACAUCUGUUUCACGGUUUGGGACGUUGGCGGACAAGACAAGAUCCGACCACUUUGGAGGCACUAUUUCCAAAAUACUCAAGGUCUAAUCUAUGUUGUGGACAGCAAUGAUCGUGAACGUAUUGGAGAAGCUGAACGUGAAUUAGCAAACAUGUUAAAGGAAGAUGAACUUCGAGAUGCUGUACUUUUGGUAUUCGCGAAUAAGCAAGACUUACCGAAUGCUAUGUCUGCUGCUGAACUUACAGAUAAAUUGGGCCUUAAUUCCCUUCGUGGACGACAUUGGUAUAUACAAAGCGCUUGCGCUACGCAGGGCCAUGGAUUGUAUGAAGGGCUCGAUUGGCUAAGUACUGAAUUGGCUAAAAAGUGAUACCAUGUAGUACGUUCAAUUGUGUCAUCACAGACAAUAUCUUCAUUCAACAUCAAUGUAGAACAUAAUUUACGGUUUCUUAUUUUAUAAGGCUACACUUAUCUAUAAUUAAGAGUAUAUAUAUAUUGAUACAGUACUAUGUACUUUUCAAAACUAUUGUGAAUACAAUUGAAUUAAAA